GUCCAUGGAUGAGCAGAGAUCCUCGAGCUCCAGCGGGUACAGGGGCAUGGGUGACUACCGGCCCGACGGGCGUGGCGGGUUUUACCUGCCCAACGGCGCCGGCUUCGUCGAUGCCAAUGGGGUGACCCACAAGCCGGGCGAAGGCAGAUGGAAGCCGCGUGUGAGAGGAGGGCAAAAAGAGCAGCAGAAAAGACGGCACAAGGCCGAGAAAGAAGUCCUUCACCGAGCGGUGAACGGGCUUUCUAAGAUGGCUGAUGUGCUUCAUGCGACCAUGGUGCCCAAGUAG